AUGCGAUCAGCCGCGUUAAAAUCCUCGCAAGAGGUAUAUAUCCCCCUUCAACUGCAAAACAAUCGGAUCUGCGUCGGCGAUUCGCGCACUUUGGGAGGCGGGUGUUCAUGUCAAACUCGAGAACAGGCGUCCUGUCACCGAAAUCAAGGACCCAGCCUUUGUCAAGAAAUCAAGCCUCAUUCCUUGUCAAGACCUCGACACCGCAUCUCGCCCAAGUACAUAACUAAAUUGCUAUUCUACUUCUUGCCCAGCAGAAAUGGCUAUACGUACAGCAUUCCCAUAGACACAUCCAAUGACCCAGACCUUGUACCCACUUUGAUACCCACUCUCCUCAUCUACCCUUUUCAGACACACGCCCACCACGUACGCCUUGACGAGCACUUCAUUUUCUUCCCCUUCCUGGAUAUUUCUCAUCCCGAUUUCGUCCCAUCUGUACUAUAG